UAGUCUUGAGUGAUGACGGAGCUGCAUUUUAAGUACCAUGGAAAUCUCACUGGGCGGGCCCAUUUUCCCACUCUGGCAACAGAGGUUGACACCACUGCAGACAAGUAUUCUAACCUAUAUAUGUAUGUGGGCUUAUUCCUGAGUCUUCUGGCUAUUCUCCUUAUCCUACUCUUUACAAUGCUCCUUCGGCUCAAACAUGUCAUCUCACCGAUCACCACGGAGAGCACAGAAAGUGUUCCUCAAUUCACAGAUGUGGAGAUGCAGAGUCGAAUUCCCACUCCUUAA